AUGGAAUCCAGACUAGGAUGGUUGUCUAACUUGCAAACCGACACCGGUUCUAACUUGAGAAGAACCUCAAUCAUCGGUACCAUUGGUCCAAAGACCAACAACCCAGAGACCCUCGUGGCUUUGAGAAAGGCUGGUUUGAACAUUGUGAGAAUGAACUUCUCUCACGGUUCGUACGAAUACCACCAAUCUGUCAUCGACAAUGCCAGAAAAUCCGAGGAACUAUACCCAGGCAGACCACUAGCCAUCGCUUUGGACACUAAGGGUCCAGAAAUCAGAACUGGUACCACCACUAAUGAAGUGGACUACCCAAUUCCUCCAAACCACGAAAUGACUUUCACCACUGACGACAAGUAUGCCAAGGCCAGUGACGACAAAAUCAUGUACAUUGACUACAAGAACAUCACCACUGUGAUUGAAAAGGGCAGAGUCAUCUACGUGGACGACGGUGUUUUGUCUUUCGAGGUGCUCGAAGUCGUUGACGACAAGACCUUGAAGGUCAAGUCUCUAAACGCUGGUAAGGUCUGCUCUCACAAGGGUGUUAACUUGCCAGGCACCGAUGUCGAUUUGCCAGCUUUGUCCGAAAAGGACAAGGCUGACUUGAGAUUCGGUGUCAAGAACGGUGUCCACAUGGUGUUCGCCUCUUUCAUCAGAUCCGCUGACGAUGUCAAGACCAUCAGAGAAGUUCUAGGUGAAGACGGCAAGGACAUCAAGAUCAUUGUCAAGAUUGAAAACCAGCAAGGUGUCAAUAACUUCGACGAGAUUUUGGCUGUUACUGACGGUGUCAUGGUUGCUAGAGGUGACUUGGGUAUCGAAAUCCCAGCCCCACAAGUUUUGGCUGUCCAAAAGAAAUUGAUUGCCAAGUGUAACGUCGCUGGUAAGCCAGUUGUCUGUGCCACUCAAAUGUUGGAAUCGAUGACCUACAACCCAAGACCAACCAGAGCCGAAGUUUCCGACGUUGGUAACGCUGUUUUGGAUGGUGCUGACUGUGUCAUGUUGUCCGGUGAAACUGCCAAGGGUAACUACCCAAUCAACGCUGUUAAAAUGAUGGCUGAGACUUCUUUGAUGGCUGAACAAGCCAUUCCUUACCUACCAGCUUUCGAUGACUUGAGAAACUGUACUCCAAAGCCAACCUCUACCACUGAAACCAUUGCCGCUGCUGCCGUGUCUUCUGUGUUUGAACAAAGGGCUAAGGCCAUCAUCGUGUUGUCUACCACCGGUUCAACUCCAAGAUUGGUCUCUAAAUACAAGCCUAAUGUGCCAAUUGUUUUGGUGACUAGAAACCCAAGAACUGCUAGAAGCUCCCACUUGUCCAGAGGUGUGUUCCCAUUCGUCUACGAAAAGGAUGCCGAUGACGACUGGACCAAGGAUGUUGAUGCCCGUUUGAAGUUCGGUAUUGAAAAGGCUAAGGACUUCGGUAUGUUGAAAGAGGGUGACACCAUCGUUACCAUCCAAGGUUUCGCUGCCGGUAUCGGUCACUCCAACACCUUGCGUGUUUUGACUGUCUAA